CGUCACGAUGACCAGCAGAUGACCUCCCUGUCCCCCGUCCUCACCCACAAUACUCCAUCCCUUCCUGGCUUCCUUUCUCAUUCCCUCCUUUACUUCCUUUCUUCCUUCCUCACAUCUUUCUUGCUAUCCUUCCAUCUUCACUCCCUCCAUCUCUGUCUUCCUUAGCUCCCUCUGUUGCUUCAUUAUUCCUUCCUUCUUGCCUCCUCUCUCACAAUUAUGGCAACCACCUCUCCCCGCCUUACUCACUCCUCUCUUCCUUCCUAACUACCAUAUCCUUCUCUUCUUCUUCACUUACACUCUAUUUUCUUCCAUUGCGCUUUUCUCUCAUAGGAAUCAUCUCACAUUCCUCUUAACUCCGCUAGUACUAAAGCUACGACCUCCUGCCACACCACCUACCUCCUGCCACACCACCUACCUCCUGCCACACCACCUACCUCCUGCCACACCACCUAUCAUCUUCCUGUGUCUGGGGAUGGAUGACUUGGAGGAGCAGACGACACGGUACAUCGUGGGCGGCGUCUCCCUCACUACCCACCACGUCUCUCUUCCUGAUGCUACCCCUACGUCCCCACCAGGUGCCGGGGAAGGCGUGACUCCACCCAGCAACACCAGCAGUGUGGGCGGCGUAUACCUGCGGUCGGCGCCGUGGGUGGUGCCGCUCCUGGCCGCAGCAGCGACUAACGCCGCCGCCAUCCUCGCUUUUGAGGUGUAUGUGUUGGUACGGGCGGCUCAUGGAACACCCUCCCGACGACACCUAUUCCUGGGACAGUGUCUGCUGGUGGGCCUUCUGCUAUGCUCGCUCUCAGGCCUUCCCAUCGUCCUCACCCCCACACCACUAUCCUGCGCCGCUAUAAGGUUACUGGUUGGGGUGUCGAGUGCUUUGGUGUUCGCAGCCCUACUCGUCAAGUUUGUCUUCCUCAUCUCCCUCAACUCUGGUGUCUACCUGCCAGCCUACUACCAAGGUCUCCUACUUUUUUUCAUCGUCCUGGUGCAGCAGGUAAGCAUCAACAUACAGUGGCAGUGGUCACAGCCGGCAGGGGUGACUAUGGUGAGGGAUCAUGACACUGGAGACAUUCAAAUCUCAUGCGUCGCACCUUACAGACAUUUUCUUCUCUCCCUCAUUUAUGUCAUCAUGCUCAUUAUUGCGGUUGCUGCACUAGCUGCUAAGUGUCGUGGGAUCCGUGAGAACUACCGGGAAGCGGCAUAUAUAGGAGCAGCUGUUGGUUUGGUGCUUCCGCUGUGGCUGGCCUGGACAUUGGUUGGCCUCAUCCUUCCUAUGCCUCACCAACCGGCAUGCCUCGGCUUUGGUAUUGUUGCAACUGCCACAGUCAUUUUUGUCAUCAUGUUCAUUCCGAAGCAGGGACGGCAACUAGCGGCAGUUGGGAAGGAAGGAUUGUUCCAUGAGGAUCAAGAUGAUCAGCUAUCUACCAUUUCUGGUGGUGCACGCUACUCCCCCUCCUUCUUCCUCUUCAAGCCCAUCAAGCCUCCUAAGGACCUGCUUGCUCCAACCACCUCCAUAUACAAAACUAGAAUACCAGGUCACUACAGAUAUGGGUCAUUUCUUCCCCUUCCCUACCCCCAGCCCCCACCACCUGCACCAUACUAUUGGCCUGCACUCCACUAUUAUCACAACUACUCACAAGGUGCCAUGAGCCGUGUAGAUGAUGGUGUCUAUACGAGUAUAGACCCACCAGUACCACACUUCGCCCUCUCCUCCAACCCAAAUUUUUACCUGUUCCGCUCCCAUGCUCAUGCUGGUAUGAUGUACUAAAGUGUGAGGGUGCCCAGAGGCAAGUUACUGCAGCAACAAUAUUUAUCUUCUAUUUAUUAAAUUUCCCAACGAUCCUUACCACAACCAGCAGUAUCAUAAGUCCUUACCAUAAUCAGGACUAUUGCAGGAACCUACCACAACCAUUGUUGUUACAGGGCCCUUAUCACAACCAGUGUUACUGGACCUUAACCACAAUCAGCAUUACAGGUCCCUACUAAUUCCAUAUUGUUAAAUGUCUCUACUACAUGAAAGUUUUCCAUCUGUAGAAAUGAUUGGACCAAAAUGGGUUGUUCUCAUGUACAUUUCUAAGAAAUCUGAAUCAAA